UGGUCUUUCUCUAUAUCUGAAAGUUUGACACUUGACUUCAUUGAGGAUAUUCUCAAUGUGAGCGCUCCCCCGUCUGUAAAGUGUGGUUUGUUGUGGUCGGAUACAGUCAGGAGCUGUUUGACUGUCUGUUGUCGGUGUUUUCUGGAUUCCUCCUCUCGUCGUUAUGUCACUCUGCAUUUCUGACCUGUCUUUAACCCUGUAACUUGAUACGAAACCCUGAAAAUUAAGAAUGGACUCGCACGUUGAUGUUCAGCAAAGAGAAAACAGCACUUCAGCUGAAUCAACAGAUCCUCCCCCGAGGAUGACAAGACAACAGACUCUCACCUUAAUAUCAAUGGCAUCUGUCAACUUCAGUUCAAUGAUCUGUUACUCAAUAUUGGGCCCAUUUUUCCCCAAUGAGGCUGUAAAGAAAGGAGCCAGUCAGACUGUCGUUGGUCUCAUAUUUGGCUGCUACGCUGUCUGCAAUUUAAUUGGUUCAUUGAUACUGGGAAAAUAUAUUGUCCAAAUUGGUGCGAAGUUUAUGCUCGUUACAGGGCUUUUUGUGUCGUCGGGCUGCACCAUUGUGUUUGGAUUACUUGAUCGUGUCCCUGCAGGAUCUGCCUUCAUUACUCUGUGCUUUGUAGUAAGGUCCGUCGAUGCCUUGGGCUUUGCCGCCGCGAUGACCUCCUCUUUUGCAUUAACAGCAAAAAUAUUCCCAAACAAUGUGGCAACUGUUUUGGGUAGUUUGGAGAUUUUUACAGGACUGGGUCUUAUUCUGGGGCCACCUGUAGGAGGGUGGUUCUACCAGUCAUUUGGAUAUGAAGUCCCUUUUCUGCUUCUUGGAUGUUUCCUGUUGAUCAUGGUUCCUUUCAACAUUUAUAUCUUGCCAUCUGUAGUUGCAGACCCCUCGAAGGAUUCAUUCUUUCGGCUUCUCACCCAUGUGAAAAUAGUCCUGAUCUGCUAUGCCAUAUUCACUCUCAGUGCAGGUCUGGGCUUCUUGGAUGCCACACUGUCCCUGUUCGCUAUUGAGACGUUUAAUCUCUCAGCUGGCUAUGUGGGACUCAUCAUGCUUGGUUUGUCGUUACCAUACUGUCUGGCAUCACCACUGUUGGGUUAUAUUACUGAUAAAUACCCGGCCACCAGGAGUUGGUUCAUGGUGACAGGAGGUUUUGCCACAGCAGUCGGGUUCUGGCUGCUCGGUCCAGUUCCUUUCCUUCACAUCCCGAGUCAGCUGUGGUUACUGGUCCUCAUGCUCGGUGUAAUUGGGUUUUCUCUGGGCAUGACUGCAAUCCCCACGUUCCCUGAGAUCAUCACAUGUGCAUAUAACCAUGGAUUUGACGAAGGACUAAGUACUCUUGGAAUGGUGUCGGGGCUGUUUGGUGCAGUUUGGUCCAUAGGGAUGUUUUAUGGCCCGAUAGUGGGUGGCCUUAUCACACAACAUCUGAGCUUUGAGUGGGCAGCUGCAGUCCAAGGAGCCCUGGCGUUCUUGGCUGCCUUUCCCCUCGGUCUGUAUUAUCUCCUUCAUCGGCCACAACAACAAAGGAUUCCUGAAGGUGGGAGCAGGCAAACAGAUGAAAGCACUCCUCUCCUGAAUGAAUGAAAGCCUCAGAAACAUGUGGAAGGAUGCCGCACUUAACAAAAGCAGAUCUUAAUGUUUCACCUACCUACCGGCGUCAGCCUUCAUGUUAAAUUGUUUUAAUAAGUACUUUGUAACUCUUUUUAAAUUAUAAUUAAUUAUAUUAUUAUUUUAAUUAUAGAUUCUUGUGUUGUAAGGAUUAUAAAGAUUUUUAUUUGGGUCGUGGAAACAUUUUGUUGCUUAUUUUUAUGCACUAGUAUUAUGUUUUUAUGAGAUGUCAAAGCAGAUGAACAAAGCAGAAUAACUUUGAUUUGGUACAUUAGAUAGUAAAUUUUACAUCUAAUUAUUUCAUGCUGUGCAGUAUCUGAGAGUAUAGUCAACCACUGGAAAUCACAGGACAUUUCAAAUCCAGAUCACAAUCUAAAUAUGCUUUAUUGUUCUGAAGCUCUGUUGUAUUAAUGGUCUUAAGUUCUCUACAUCACAUGAGUUGGAUUUUAUGUGACACACGUCAAGAGCUGCUGAUUGCAUUCAUGGUAAAGGAAAAUAACCAUGUUUAUAACACUGUCUCUGAAGGGAUGUAUUAUACAGAACCUCACAUUGAUAUACACUAUAAUUUAAUAUAGAUUUUACUGCAGUUUGUUACGAGGGAUGAUGGAUAAGUAAGAAAGAGAGAAACACCAUUUAGAAAUGAAUAAUCUGUAUUUUUAUAGUUGUAAGGAAAUGGUAUAUAUAAACUGUUAAUCUCUUACAGGCUAAGAAAAUAGAACUAUAAUAUUACAGAAAUUUAGUUUCCUGUACUGUCAGUAAAAUAACAUUAUUAUUAUUAUACAUGAUUGACAAAACCAAAGUCAAUUAGUUUACAUUGAUAAAUAAUCUUACAAUGUAAAACAUACAAAAAGAAUUUCCAGAAUUGUACAAUUUCUUGAUGUGAAGACAUUUUUGUGAACAAAAUUUACCAUUUCACUGAUCUGUAUGUAAAUACAGAAUAUAAACAUACUGAGUGUUCAAUAUAAAAACAUCUAAAAAAAGUAUAAAUAUGACACACUGCAAGAUUAGUUUCCUUUACAAAAAUUUGUUUUAUAUGAAAAAAGAAUAAAGACAAAAGCACUCAAGUUCAAAA